AUGUCAUUUGACUCAGUAUCAUUCAAUAAAUAUUCCAAAACUGCAAUUGGAACAGAGACUCGUGGUAAAACAACACAAAAUCGUCUUCGUCGUGUAGAUAAUUUUGUUAUGAUCUAUUGUCCCUCGUUGAUUAUGAGUGAAGAACAUUUCUAUGUUGAUUUGGGCUUUGGCCAUACUCCUCUCACUACAUUAGAGAGCGCAAAACGAUUUAGACGUUACAAUGCUCAAUUACCAAUAAUUGGCAUUGAAAUCGAUAGUAAUCGUGUACGAAAAGCCCAACAGUUUGCUGAUGAUAUAACAUAUUUUCGGCAAGGAGGAUUCAAUUUACCGUUAAAAGUUAGUACUACUACUGGUCGCACAGAAACUGUCAAUCUAAUACGUGCUUUCAACGUAUUGAGACAAUAUGACUUGGAAUCAGAUUGUCAUACUUCUCAUGUAUUCAUGUGCAAUUAUCUUAAUACAAAUGGUAUUCUUAUUGAAGGCACAUCAGAUCCAUUUGGACGCAUUUGGGUAGCUAAUAUCAUACGUAAACAAAUAGAUCACUCAUUAUUAAUCGAAGCAUUAGUAUUUAGUACAAACUUUCGUGAUGGAUUUAAUAUUGGAUCAUUUCAACAAGUUUUACCAAAGAAUUUUAUUCAUCGAAUGACUGGACCAGAUGAAAUGAUAUACAAUUUUUUCGAAGAUUGGAAGAUAAGUUACGAACAAGUAGGAAAAUCAAUGAAAAACAUCUAUGAGAUUGGAAUGCGACAACAGUUUAUUGUGACAGCUGUACAUCUAGCUGAAGAAUAUGGCUAUAAUAUUAUAACUCGAAAAAAGUUUUUGAAAAAUGGAUUUUUGAUAUGGCUAUUGAAGCCAGGAAGCAAAGGUGUCGAUAUUGAUCAAAUCACUUAUCGAACCAUAAGUCACAAGAAAAAAUAA